AUGACGCCUCCAACAGCAACAACAACUAUAAUCAGUCAACGUAAUCAAGAGGAUUUAUUACUCUCAAAAAUCCUACACGGCAACUGGGACGAGAGUGUCCACCAAAGUUCCUUCAUCUCGAAGCUCUAUCAAAAGGGUCGUGUAUCUCAAUCAUCCACCGUCAAUGACUAUCUCGAUAAUUGGAAAGAGGAGAAUCCUGAAAACGAAACUGAAGCGGAUCGAGCUCAACGUGCUAGUGCAUACAAGGCCGUCGCCAAUUCCUUUUAUGACCUGGCCACAGACUUUUACGAGUAUGCCUGGGGAACCUCAUUUCAUUUCUGUCGUUUCCGCCCACGCGAACCCUUUCAACAGGCGAUCGCAAGACAUGAACACUACCUAGCUGCCAGCAUGGGGGUUCAAUCACACCACUGUGUCCUCGACAUCGGCAGUGGCGUCGGAGGCCCUGCCCGAGAAAUCGGACACUUCACAGGUGCUUAUGUCACAGGCCUUAAUAACAAUGAUUAUCAGAUCGCACGGGCCAAGCGAUAUGCACUGAACUUUGGACUCGAUCAUAAAUCUGAUUUCGUCAAGGGUGAUUUCAUGAACAUGCCAUUUGAUGAUAACUCCUUCGAUGCUUGUUAUGCUAUCGAGGCCACAGUCCACGCAUCCCCAUUGGAGGGUGUCUAUGGUGAAGCCUACAGGGUCUUGAAACCCGGUGGUGUCUUUGGAUGUUAUGAGUGGCUAUUAACAGAAAAUUAUGACCCCACAAAUCCUGACCAUCUUCGUGUGGUUCGUGGAUUGGAAGUCGGCAAUGGUAUCGCGAAGAUGGUCACUAUCGAGGAAUGUCACCGAGCACUCGAAGCCGUGGGUUUCAAUAUUGAGAAAGCACAGAACAUGGGGGCGACGGACGAUGAGAUCGAAUGGUACUAUCCUCUUGAAGGUGAUAUUCGAAAAGCGAAUACUUUUUGGGAUUACUUGACAGUCUUGAGGGCCACGACUGUAGGACGCGCAGUGACGACGUAUAUGGUACAAGCCCUGGAAGCCGUGGGAUUGGCCGCUCCCGGCAGUUCAAAGGUUUCAACAGUCCUUCAGCUUGGUGCAGACUCGGUCUUGGAAGGUGCACGAAUGGGCAUCUUUACCCCAAUGUACCUGUUCGUUGCUAGGAAACCUAACGCGUAA